CUAUAGCACUCGUCUCUCUCUCUCUAGUUUACAUACUCUUCGUGCUCUCCGCCCGCCUCUCUCUCUAAACACGCACAAAAACACACACAUAUAUAGAGAGGGUGAGGUAUCUCUGUUUCGAUCCUUCAAUGGCUGCUGUUUAUGGAUCAUCAAUGUCCAUGACCACUAUCUCAUGCUCUAUUAAACAAAAUCGGGCACCCACCCGAGUCUCUAAUUUCAAUUCGGCUUCGCUUUGUGUUAAUGGAAAAUUCUUCCCAUCACUUCGGUUGCGAGCUGCACCAUCUCGCUUUCGCAUCUCCUGCGCGGCAAAACCAGAGACAGUGGACAAAGUGUGUGAAAUAGUGAGGAAACAGCUCGCACUGCCAGCUGAUUCUACAGUCACAGGGGAAUCAAAGUUUGCUGCACUCGGAGCUGAUUCUCUUGACACGGUCGAGAUUGUGAUGGGACUGGAGGAGGAAUUUGGAAUUAGUGUGGAAGAAGAAAGCGCCCAAGGUAUUGCCACUGUCCAGGAUGCAGCAGAUCUGAUCGAGAAGCUCGUAGAGAAGGGUGCUUAAAAUGCACGACGUGGAUAAUUCAGGGUCGAAAGUUUCAUUAGAGAAGUUCUUUUCAGUUGCAUGUUUUUCAUUUCAUGGAGCUUUCUAGUGUACCUUUUAUGAAAUUACAGUGUUUCCCAAUUAUGUUUUUUUCUGUCCCCUUUAAGUUUCCUUAAAAUGAACUCAUUCUCGCGUUGUGCUGUUUUGUUUAUGGUCAGGCUUAUUCAAUUGAAUCUAUCGAAAGACAUAUUCGAUCUUUUUUCAA